UAAGAUUUCAACUCUCUCAAUAAAACAGAACAUGACAAGAUUUGAGUGAAGGACUGGUGACGGAGCUCCAGGAACAAAAAUGGAGCUUACAUCAGAGGUGGUGUCAAGCAUGGCCAUCGGUGCUGUCUUCAAGGAUUUCGACGGGAAGAAGAUCAACUCCCUUGACUUCCACAGGACCGAGGACCGCCUCGUGACAGCCAGCGACGAUGAGGCUAUCCGGCUGUACGACACGGCAAACGCAAAGUGGUUAAAGACUAUACACAGCAAGAAAUACGGAGUGGACAAGAUUGUAUUCACACACCACAGGGACUCCGUCCUGUAUUCUUCAAAGAAUGGAUGGGAUGAGUCACUGCGGUACCUCUCCCUCCACAACAACUCAUAUCUGCGUUACUUCAAGGGUCAUCGAGACAGAGUGGUGUCCCUCUGCAUGUCCCCCAAGAACGACAUGUUCAUGUCUGGCUCGCUCGAUCACACGGUGCGGUUAUGGGACCUCCGGAGCAACGCGUGCCAGGGGUUGAUGCGCGUCCGUGGCCGGCCUGCGGUGGCCUAUGACGAGCAGGGGCUUGUUUUCGCGGUGUCAAUGGAGGGGGGCGCGAUCAAGCUAUUUGACGUGCGGUCGUAUGAUAAGGGCCCUUUUGACACUUUCUUGGUGGGUGGUGACACGGCGGAGGUGACGAGCAUGAAGUUCAGCAACGACGGCAAGCACAUGCUGCUCAGCACCGCCAACAGCUGGCUCUACGUCCUGGACGCUUUUGAGGGUCACAAGCUACAUACGUUCGAACUGCAGCCGGUGGAGGGGGGCGGGACGCUCGAGGCCUCGUUCAGUCCGAACGGGCAGUUCAUCGUGUCCGGCUCUGGGGACGGGACGAUCCGCGUCUGGUCGGUCGAGAGUGGAACAGAGGUCGCUUGUUGGGUAGGCCAUGCGGGCGUGCCAGCGAAAGUGAAGUGGGCUCCCAGGCGGAUGUUGGUAGCUAGCGCGUCUGAAGUUCUUGCUUUCUGGAUACCCGACCUCAACAGGAUAGCCGGCUUUGGAACUUGAUAUGUAUCCGCGCCCUUUUACCGUUGUUGUGCCUUGAAAAUUCUACUAAUACAGACCGUUAUCAUGACCUGGUUGAUGUUUGCGUCGUUUCGUGUGGCACAUGACGGCAGACAAUGACACGGCAGAGAAAACCCACGUCCAGUACGGGCCGGCCCGCCACUGUUGUGCCCGGUUGCAGGACAUAUAUAUGCAGUGUUCGAUGUAGAUGCAGUUUCGUGUGCGACAACCAGGAUUGGCCGG